AUGGCCUCCUCCUCCUCACCGGCGCCCGCCCUGGCCGGGGAGGCCCUUCGCCAGAAACGCAUCCUCUCCAGCAAGCUCUACCUCGAGGUCCCCUCCUCCAAGGCGCCGGUGGUGUACUCGCCGGCAUACGACAUCUCCUUCCUCGGGCUUGAGAAGCUGCACCCAUUUGAUUCCGCCAAAUGGGGCCGCAUCUGUAGGUACCUCACCAGGGAAGGGUACCUGGACAAGAAACGGAUGGUGGAGCCAUUGGAAGCCAGCAAGGAGGAUUUGCUAGUGGUGCACACAGAGGCGUAUCUGAACAGUCUCAAAAGCAGCUUCAGAGUUUCCUCCAUUGUAGAGGUAGUGACUUUUCAGAAGAAGUGGGGUUGGCCUGAUUGGUGGUCCCUCCUGUGUCGCUUGUCCCUAAUUGGAUUGUGCACAAAAGCUAUUAUACCCUUCCGGAAGCAGGUGGGUGGGUCCAUUUUAUCAGCCAAACUUGCGAUUGAGAGAGGAUGGGCCAUUAAUGUUGGUGGAGGAUUUCAUCAUUGUUCGGCAGAUGAAGGGGGUGGAUUUUGUGCAUAUGCUGACAUCUCUCUGUGCAUCCAGUUUGCUUUUGUCCGUCUAAAUAUCUCAAGUGUAUUGAUCUUAGACCUGGAUGCCCACCAAGGAAAUGGACACGAAAAAGAUUUUGCUAAUGAUGGAAGGGUUUACAUUUUAGACAUGUACAAUGCUGGAAUUUAUCCCUUUGAUUUCACUGCUAAGCAAUACAUUGAUCAAAAAGUUGAAUUAGUUAGUGGGACAAAAACAGAUGAAUACUUGGAGCAACUUGACAGGGCUCUCGAGGUCUGCAGUAUUAGAUUUCAGCCCCAUUUGAUUGUUUACAAUGCUGGAACAGACAUCCUGGAUGGUGAUCCAUUGGGCAGAUUGAAGGUAAGUCCUGAGGGCGUGGUUACCAGAGACGAGAAGGUAUUUAGGCUCGCAAAAGAUCAAAACAUUCCUCUGCUCAUGCUGACAUCAGGUGAAAUACUUCUCACUCAAGUUUGUGGUCCGUUCCUCUAG